AGGACUUCCUGUCGGACAUGGCCAUGACGGAGGUGGAUCGCUUCAUGGACCGGGAGCACCUGAUCUUCCGGGAAAACACCCUCGCCACGAAAGCCAUAGAGGAGUACCUGAAACUCAUCGGCCAGAAAUACCUCAAGGAUGCCAUCGGCGAGUUCAUCCGGGCGCUGUACGAGUCGGAGGAGAACUGCGAGGUUGACCCCAUGAAGUGCUCGGCCUCCACCUUGGCUGACCACCAGGCCAACCUCCGCAUGUGCUGCGAGCUCGCCCUCUGCAAGGUGGUCAACUCGCACUGCGUGUUCCCACGGGAGCUGAAGGAGGUCUUCGCCUCGUGGCGGCUGCGAUGCGCCGAGCGGGUCCGCUAGGACAUCGCCGACCGGUUGAUCAGCGCCUCGCUCUUCCUGCGGUUCCUCUGCCCCGCCGUGAUGUCCCCCAGCCUCUUCGGCCUCAUGCAGGAGUACCCCGACGAGCAGACCGCCCGCACCCUCACCCUCAUCGCCAAGGUCAUCCAGAACUUGGCCAACUUCACCAAGUUUGGCAGCAAGGAGGAGUACAUGGCCUUCAUGAACGAGUUCCUGGAGCUGGAGUGGACCAGCAUGCAGCAGUUCCUCUACGAGAUCUCCAACCUGGACACCCUCACCAACAGCACCAGCUUCGAGGGCUACAUUGACCUGGGUCGAGAGCUCUCCACCCU